CGUUGACAAAAAAAUAACCAAAACAGAAUUCUGGUAGUUAACAGGGGGAGAAGUGAUUCAGUUUAGGCUUUUAUACAGCGUUGCAGUCUUUUCGAAUUCAUAAACUAAAAACUCUAUUAUCUCCAUUGACAAUGUCUUGAAGGCUUUAUCUUCUUUUUCCAUUUGGUUCAUCUAUAAAUGCAAAUAAUGGAGAAAAUCCAAAAUAGCCCGAAAAUUUGAUAUGCAAAAUUUGAUUCUCAAGCAACCCUGUUUGUUUUUACCAUAGAUAUAUUGAAUCUUGUUGAUUAUCUUUUUAGUUCUUUAAGAAAAUUAUGAGCAAUUCAGCCAAGCCAAGAAUGAGAGCCAUGUUUAAUUUGGCAUAUGACAGAGGCUAGCUGAUAUAUAUCCCUCCUUUUUAUUUCAAUCAAAUUGACCCUCAAAAUCCUCCUCUUUUCCUCUGUUUUAUUCUUUCAUCUUUUUUUUUCUUUCUUUUUGGUUUUUGCAUAAGAAUCGUUAUUGAUGGAGGAUUCCAUGACUGCUAAGAAGAACUCCAUAGUUAAGAAGUUCUUGCAGUCUCUGACGUUUCCUCGAGGCGGCGGCCGUGGUUCAAAAUCUUCAGAAAUGGGCUGCAGUAAUAAUAGUUUACCAAAGAGCAAAUCAUGGCACUCUUCAACUGCCGCCAGUAAGAUGAUGAUUUCCAGAACCAACAAGCAGAAAUCAACAACAAAGACCCCACAUGGGUGUUUCUGUGUUUAUGUUGGAGAAGAGAAGCAGAAAUUUGUGAUAAAAACAGAGUGUGCAAAUCAUCCCCUGUUUAAGAUGCUGCUUGAAGAUGCUGAAUUGGAAUAUGGGUUCAACAGUGAUUCCCCAAUCUUAAUCCCAUGUGAUGUUGAUCUUUUCUGCAAGAUUCUGGCUGAGAUUGAUUCUACUAAGAAAGAUGAUGAUGAUUAUGGAUGUGGUUCUUGCAGUCCCUUUAAUAAUCCCAAUAGGCGUUUGGGAAGAAAUAGUGAAAUGGCAAAACAGGGAUAUGGGUCAUAUGGAGUUCUUACUCCAUCUCGUUCGUUGAAAUUGAACCAUUUCUGAAACUCUUCUUCCAAAGUGUGUAAAUGAUGAUUAUGGUUUUAGCUAGUGAAGGUACUACAUAAGUACUUUUGUUUGGUGGCUUGUUUAGGGGGAUUAUCAUGCAUACAUGAUCACUUAAUUUUGGAAACAAUGAUGGAUGAUUCUUCUUCUUCUUCUUCAAUUCUUCGUUCUUUUAAAUAUAUGUGCAUCGUUCUUAUCAAAG